UAUUAUUCAUUUUUCAGUGAAACAGAAGCCAAAUUCAUUCAGAGUCGUAUUCACUCUGCGGAAAGAUAUUUAGCAGACUACUGUAAUAUAUUUUCUCAAUACUCCCGUAAAAUCGCUCGUUUGCGGGAUCAAGGAGAUGAAAUUGCUAAAAUUUCUCUAAAUAUUGCUGAGAAUGAAAACAUUAACAAAUCUAUGUCAGUUGGACUUGAAAAUUUUGCAGUUUGUAUGUCACAAAUUAGUGAUUUCGAAGAUAUGAGAGUUCAAACAUAUGAUUCUAAAAUAGUUAGUGAAUUUGCAAAGUAUGAAAGUAUUUGUAAACAAGCUAAAGAGGAAGUUAAAAAUAUUUAUAUAGCAAGGGAUAAAGAAGUUGCUAAAAAAAGGUAUUUGGAUAGAGCUAGGGAAAGAAAUCCAAAAAAUCGACAACAAAUUAUUCAAGCUGAAACUGAGCUAGUCAAAGCUACAGCUGAAGUAACGAAGUCUAUCCAUAAUUUAGAGAAUAAAACAAAUUCUUUCGAAAAGCAGAAAUUACACGAUAUAAAAUCAAUUCUUUUAGAUUUUAUUUCUACAGAAAUUGGAUAUCAUGCUAAAUGUUUAGAGACCUUAACUAAGGCUUUUGCAGAUAUACAGGAUAUAGAUGAAGAAGCAGAUUUAGAGGAAUUCAAAAAGUCACUUCGUCUUCCCCGUGCAUCUCAAGAUAAAAAUAUUGGAAAAUCUUCAUUAUUUAGAUCCACUGGAUCAUUGGGCUCCUUAGGAGCAAUUUUCUCAUCAACUUAUAAGAAAAAAACACCCGGUAUACCCAAUCCUAAAGAAAAACUAUCAAAAAGUGAAGAAACGUUAGAUUCCAUGAAACACUCAGUUUCAGAAUCAGAAGAGGAAUCUGAAACUGAUACUAUAGAGAAUAUAAGCAGUACUAGCGAAAACGAACAGUCAUCACCAAUUGCAAGAUGUAGAAAAUAA